AUGUGCUGUCGUCGUCGACACAACCGUGCACCACUUUUGGUCGUCCUUGGCAAGAAGGUCUACGAAAAGUACCAGGAACGCCAGGCAGUCAAACAGAUCGAAAGACGGCACAUCUGUCACGGCCCGUUCACGAUUGAGCAAGAUAGUCUGUCUUUCGUAGCGAACAGAGAAAUCCUUGAGAAGGCUGGCAUCAAUCCGCCAAGCUACAACGAGGUCGUCAUCAACCAUCGUGCCAUUAUAUCUGAUGAGCAGCGUCCCCCUCUCAAUGUGAAGGUUGGUUGGGUGACCGUUGAUGGUGAGAAAGACGUCGACGAACUAGCAGCCCCGGAAGAUGUCUUCUACGACGUGUCAAACGGCAUGAGGCAACUCGAUCUGGGCUCGACGGCAUCGCAAGCAGCGCCUAUGCUGGUGAAGGAAGUGUACCGCUCCAAAUGCGAGCAGAGGCGGGCGGAGAGAAAUGCCAGACGCGCAGAGAGAAGAAGUGUUCGUGGAGGGUGCUGCUGA